AUGACUUCUGGCCUUCUCAAGCCAUUGGCACUAUUUUGCACACAAUCUCAGUCUCAACGUUAUAUUCAGAGUGUACGCAAUUUAGGGGAUGCGUGGCGGACGCUCGCUGAGCCAGCGAACCUUACAGGAGCAGAUGCUCAAACUACGUUGAUCGAAACAACAUUUGAUCUGGCCCUGCGGCUCAGAAAAGAAGAUGAUGGGACGAAUUACCAUGUUUCUCUACAACUGCCAUCUCUUGAAGAAGCGGCCGGAGAGGAAAUAAAGCUCCAGGCACCUCAACAACCAUCCUCUACUCCCUCAGAGUCUCCUCGUCAUUACAGCAUAUUCGCUGAUUAUGGAACCGACUUCAUCUGGCUCAACGAGAAUGAUCCGAAUUACUCAGAUGACAACACUUCCGUGGAGGCAUCAGAUGCCCUUUCAGACUACCCCCCGGUUGUCUUCGAGAAUUACGACGCGUGGGUCGAUGCUUACUCUGAUAAUUUCAAGAGAAGGUGCGAGGAUACGCAGAAUUACUCAGCCCAUGUCUUUGCGAACGCAAUGGAAGAGAUUGCGUGGAAUGUCGCUGGGUACCUGCUGGCAUGGCGCAUCGCUCUGGCACCGCAUGUAGGGAGCGUGGAGUAUUCUGCGGGCCAGGAGAAGUACCUGCUGGAGAAAGGCAAAGAAAGCGAAAUGACUAUCAAGUUUCUUGGGAAUCAGGAUGUACUUCUGGCGACGGGGGAGUCCACAGAAUAG